AUGAAAUGUAAUCAUACACACAAUGUAUAUAGUAUAUAUAAUACCGUUAUAUUAAUCAACUUUUGUUUUAUGAAAUUAUUCUAUGCUAAUCACAUUUCAUCUGGAAUUAACAACAUUGAUGAUAAACACAGCAGUGCUGGUGAUGAUGAUCAUGAUAGUGAUAAUUUUCAAAAUUCACUGCUGCAAACAUUGAAACCUGAACAAUUGAAAGUUGUUAAAGCUGGUGAGAAGGAUGCAAUCAGUAGACUUUAUGGUGAAUCAGUGUUAGAGUUGAACAAUGAUAUUCUUCACUUAAAAUCAUCAUCUUUAAGAAAUUUCAAUAUCAAAAUGUAUGAAUCGAAACCAGAGGAGGAAAUCCAGUAUACUGAGGAAAUACCACGAUAUAUUAUACAACCACCGCCAAUACUUUACACAUCGAAAUGGCAACCUGCUGUUGUUCAAUGUGUUGCAGAAUCAGUUGUCUUAUUGUAUAUAGUCUGUGUAACUAAUCCAAGUAAUUCGAAUGCUCGUUAUGAUUAUUCAACGGAAACAACAGGAUUACCAACAGUUUAUCAUACAAAUCAAAAAUUUAGACAACAUAGAAAUUCUGAUAAUGAUGAUGAUGGUGAUGAUGAUGAUGUGAAAUUUGUAGAGAAUUCAAGUGUCAACUAUAACAGUAAUAAUAAUCAUAAUGGGAAUAACAAACACAAUCGUAAAGUAGUGGUUCGUUUAAUUGAUGAAAAUACUGUUGAAGAAUGGUUCGGGGAUUAUUGGUGUCAAUGUGAAGCAUGGAAUAAUAUUUUAGAGUUGGGUGAACCACGUGUAAAAAUUAGUAAUCAGACACAUGUACGUAUUGCAUAUUUGAACAAACGUUUUGUAAAACACCCAGAAUCGACACGAAUACCGCUUGGAUGGACUGUAGAAUUUACUUGUGAACCACCUGAUGGCAGACCAAUACCAAAGGUUUAUUGGAUGAAAAAUGGGCGUAAAAUUCAAACCGUUAACUCAGAAAAUCGUAUAACAGUGUCUGAAGUGAACUUAGCAUCACCGGCAAGUGGUAUUCCAAAUUAUCAAGUAACAAACUCCGACGUAAACGUUAACUACUCAGGACCAAUGAGUCGCUUAACCAUACGCAAUACACAUAUUCCUGAUGAAGGUUUUUAUACAUGCGUAGUGGAAAAUCAAGCUGGACGACGUGUCUCAUCAAAUGCUCAGCUUACAAUACACACUGACGGACACUGGUCACCUUGGUCAUCCUGGUCAAACUGUCCAAGCGAUUGUGGAAUAUCUCAAAUACAAACAGUACAUCAUCUUUCUAACCUCAGUAAGACUUUACAACCGAAUGAUAAGCCAAGCUGUCCUCCUCAUUGUAGUCAGUUAUUUGGACAACGUACAAGGUGGUGCAAUGCUCCAGAACCCCAUGGUGGUGGAAGAAAAUGUAACGGAGAAAAUGUCGAACACUUAUCUUGCUAUGAUAUAUGUCUAGAUAAUCUAACCAAUUCAAUGCAUCAUUAUCUCCAUGAAGAUUCUUCAUCGAAUGAAAAUAAGAAAGAAAUCACUCCUUCAGAAUAUGGAUUAUUAUUCGGUUUAGUACUGGCUAUUCUGUCUUUCCUAACAGCAGCUACAAGUGUACUUUAUAUCUUCGCGCAUAAAUGGUGUCCAAUUAUUUUAAAAUUUCUGCCAACUAAGUCAAUAAAAUCAACCAAUCACCUUCAUCCAACAUCAGUUAAAUGGUUGAAAUGUAAACAGAAUGUAACUAAAUGUCUUACAUCCAAUCCUUCAACAUUAGAUGUGAAUUCAGUGAAUCAAUUUAUGGAGUAUAAAAGUGAAGUCGUUCACUCAGCAGCAAACCAUUGCCAACCUAAUCUACAAUCGAACUGUCAGCAGUCGCUACACUAUGACUGUGUUAGUCUGGUUCCAAUAAAUACUUCUGAAGAUAGUAAAAGUAUAAUACCAAUGAAUCACAUCUAUGCAGAUCAUACUAUGUAUCCACGGGUAAGAUCACCCUCUUACCGAGCAUAUUACAUUGAUAAAAGAAAAAGUUAUCAUUUCAAUGAUACCAAAUUCCUCCAGUCUACACAUCAUUCCAAUAUGAACUUUCUCAAUGAACCAGAUUCUCAAAUCAAUGUACACAAUCAAAUGAACCGAAUGAAUACUAUAAAAUCACCAUUCUAUCUAACACAUAGUCAUAGUAUGCAACUUAUUAAUGAUUUACAGAAUUUUCAACAAUCUAUUAAUCAGCUAACUCAUACCUCUUGUAAUCCUUUCAACCUAUUCAAUCAUCAAUCAAAAAUGUUGAUUACCACAAGAGAUACAUUUCAUACUUCAUUUAUAGAUCGAUCAUAUCUUCCUGAAGGAAAUGUGUUAACCUCAACAGAAACAGACACAAAUACUGUUCAGCCUUAUUUUUCAGUAGCUUUAUCAACUAAUACUAUAGAUGAUAAUCAUUAUUUAACUCCUUCUAACAGACAAAGUACAACACACACUCUCCUGCCUACCUCUUCAUUUUCAGUUUGUGAUACAAUUAGGAAUUCUGAUGACUAUAUGUUUUUACAGCCAGUCACUUAUGAUUCAGUUAAACAUAUGUAUGUGUAA